AUGCGUUUUGCGACGGCUUUCAGUCUGGGCCUCUUGGCCCCCUCCGCCCUUGCCCUCUGCCCCUAUGCACAGCAGAUGGCCCGCGAUGUCGACUCCUCGUCCAUCCCUCAUGCCCUCCCACCGCGCGAUCUACCCACCUCCGACAAGAAGGGGGUGUUUCUCAUGAACAGAAUAGCCCCUGGUACCUCGCAACUAUACAUUGCCAACGCAGAUGGUAGUAACGAGCGCCCUCUCCUCUCCGACCCGGUGUACGAAUACCACGCUGAGUUCUCGCCCGAUGGACAAUGGAUCUCAUUCACUGGCGAGAGGAACGGAGACGGAAACUCUGACAUCUACCGGGUCCGAACAAAUGGAUCGGAUCUCGAGGAGCUAGUUGCGACACCUUCGGUCGAGGACUCGGUGGUGCUAUCGCCGAAUGGAAGCCUGGCUGCCUUCGUCUCGACGGCGAACGGUUACAAGGCGAAUAUCUGGGUGUUGGAUAUCGAGACGGGGAAGAGAUGGAGCCUCACAGAUACACCUACCACAGCCGGCAAUGCGUCCCUGAUGAAUGGGUAUUUCCGUCCUUCCUGGUCACCGGAUGGUCAGUGGAUUGCGUUCUCGUCGGACCGCAACGUCGAUUGGGAUGGGCACGGUGAUCAGACAUAUAUGGGUCUCAGUGGUUGGGAACAUACACAGGAGCUGUCUAUCUAUGUCAUCCGGCCGGAUGGAUCGGACUUUCGUCAGGUCGUCACCAAGAAAGGGUAUGCUUUGGGUUCGCCGAAGUGGUCUCCCGACGGCCGGCGUAUUCUAUACUACCAGAUGACUCGAGCCGCCACGUGGGAUGCGCAUCGUCCUGAAUCCGUUGCCUCGGCCAACUCGACCUUGGUCUCGGUUGAUUUCGAGACCGGGUCCGACAUCAAGGAGGAAGUCGGGGGAGCUGGUGUCAAGAUCUACCCGCAGUACAUCAACAAGAACGAGAUCGGCUACUUGAUAAAGGGUGGAGACAAAGAGGGUAUCUUCACUACGAACGGUGGAUACAUCAACAGCAGCACGAUCCGCACGCCCGCAUGGUCCCCCGACGGCAAGAAGGUCGUCUACGAAAAGAUCAGCUGGGACCAGCGGCCGAUGGAGAAGAAGCUCUUCAGCUGGGAUGAGGACUGGGAGUACCGCUUCACCGACGUCUUCCCGCAGCUCUCCAUGCAAAAUCAGCUCGCCAUCACCCAGAAACAGCUCGGCAACUCGUCCGUCGUCACUAUGACCCCCUCCGCCGACAACCUGCAACUCAUCUACGACUCCCUCGACAACGACAUGAUCAACACCGGACAUAACGCACAAGGUCUCGCCGGCGCUUUCCAACCUUCCUGGUCCCCGGACGGCGAAUGGCUCGUCUUCGGCCUGGGGUCCUGGUUCACACAGCGCGGUGCCUACGGCGGCUGGCUGAUCCGAGCCACAGCCAACGGGUCCUACACGGAGGUCCUCACGAACAGCACCUCCGAUCUCAGCGCCAACUCCACGGCCAUCAACUCCGGCUUUCCCAGUUUCUCGCACGACGGCAAGAAAGUCGUCUUCCGCGUCUGGGGCACCCAGUCGGCCAAAGGAGCGCAGUCACAGCUCGGCCUCCGGGUUCUGGACCUCGAGACUCGCAAAAUCACCGUUCUAACCACCGAAUGGGAUAACCUGCCGUUCUUCUCCCCCGACGGCGAACGGAUCGUGUUCACGCGCAAGACCGACCCGACAAAUUACGAGGUCUGCACGAUCCGUCCAGACGGUACCGACCUGCGUAUUCUGACCAGCAGCGGCGCGAACGAUGCCCAUGCCGUUUGGUCGCAUGAUGGUCGCAUCAUUUAUUCGACUGGCAUGUUCGGGUUCCAGUAUGAAUGCGCGCUGUAUGAUAACACAUUCCAGCCGUACGGGCAGAUCAUGGUCAUGGAUGCCGACGGCUCGAAUAAGCAGGUCUUGACGGACUCGAUUUGGGAGGAUUCCAUGCCUUUGUAUCUGCCCAAUUCAGCGCUUUCGAAGCGGAAUUGA